AUGAAGCCCACCUUCAACGUCUUCAUCACAAUGAAUCCAGGUUACGCUGGUCGCGCAGAACUUCCAGAUAACCUGGCUGCGCUUUUCAGACCGGUGGCCAUGAUGGUUCCGGACUACGCCCUGAUUGGCGAGAUUAUGUUCUAUGCCUACGGCUUUACGGAAGCCAAGGUGUUGGCAAAGAAAAUGGUGACCACGUUUACCCUUUCAUCAGAGCAGCUGUCCUCACAGUUUCACUACGAUUACGGCAUGCGAGCCGUCAAGAGUACCAUUGAAAUGUGCGGCAAACUCAAGCGCGAGGUGGGCGAUCUCCCAGAAGAUCAAAUCACCCUGCGAGCUCUGAGGGACGUCAACGUGCCCAAGUUCUUGAAGGACGACUUGCCCCUGUUCGAGAACAUCAUCUCCGACUUGUUCCCCGAGACAGAUCGGCCAGUCGUGGAGUACGGCAAUCUCACGCCAGUGAUGGAAGCCUGCGGGAAGGAGCAGAAUCUGCAGCUCACGGAAAACUUCACCAUCAAGGUGGUGCAGCUCAUUGACACCAUCGGGGUGCGCCACGGUUUGAUGCUGGUGGGGCCAACCGGAGGUGGUAAGACCUGCAACUACCGUUUGCUUCAAGCAACCUCCAUUGCGAUGUGUGAGGCUGGCGACACAAAGUACCAGAAGGUUCAGACCCACAUCUUGAACCCCAAAGCCAUCACACAGGCACAGCUCUACGGGGCUUUCGAUGAAGUGACACGUGAGUGGUCGGAUGGAGUGGCAAGUGAAUGCGUGGCAAGCUCAAGAUGGGAUGUGGUGAUUUUCGAUGGACCUGUCGAUGCUCUUUGGAUCGAGCCCGGAGUCGCAGAGGGCAGUGGAUUCGACAAUUGGAGGUCCAUGAACACCGUGCUGGACGACAACAAGAAGCUUUGCCUCACUUCCGGAGAGAUCAUUUCGCUCACACCGCAGAUGAGGAUGGUCUUUGAAGUGGAGGACCUGUCGGUUGCAUCGCCUGCCACGGUGAGUCGAUGUGGUAUGGUUUACAUGGAACCGUCAGCCCUUGGAAACGAGCCAUUGAUUCAGUCAUGGGCCGAGCGACUACCUUCCACCUUCAAGCCGGAGAUGUGUGAAAAACUCAAGGAGCUGAUGUUGGAUUUCACCCUGCCGAUGAUCCGAAUCGUGCGCAAGCAGACGAAGGAACCGUCCAUGACGGUGGACAACAACAUUUGCCAGUCGCACUUCAGGUUGAUGGAUUGCUACUUUUCGGCCUACAUUCCAACUGAAGCGAAGACACCGAGCCCUGAUGAGAUCAACAAAUUGCAGUCGCACUUGGUGCCGCUCUACUUUUUCACGCUGGUUUGGUCUGUGGGUGAAGAGAAGCUAUGGGAGUUGGUGAAGGAGAAGGGGGUUGUCGGAGGCAAGCUGGACAGCAGCAUAUUUUGGUACGACUUCAUCUACGAGCUUGAGGGUGAAAGAGAAGGCCAAUGGACGCCCUGGUUGACCUUCGCGCCCAAGUAUACGGUGCCUCCACGCUCUGAGUAUCAGAAUAUCGUUGUGCCAACCGUGGACUCCAUCCGUUUGACGCACACCUUCUCCACUCUCCUGUUGAAGGACAAGCAUGUCAUUGUGGCUGGCGAGACAGGGACUGGAAAGUCCGUGUACUUGUCGUUGUGGUUGCAGAAGGAUGCUCCAGAAUCCAUCAUCCCACUCUUUAUCAAUUUCUCUGCCCAGACGCAUGUGAACCAGCUGCAGGAUUUGUUGGAUUCGAAGUUCGAGAAGAGACGUCGUGGUGUGUAUGGCCCACCUGCUGGCAAGAAAAAUGUAAUCUUCAUCGAUGAUUUGAACAUGCCAAAGAAGGAGUACUAUGGUGCUCAACCACCGAUUGAGCUGAUCCGGCAAUGGAUGGACUACAAUGGCUGGUACAACCGAAAGGAGUUGAAAAUGCAAGAGAUCAUUGACAUUGUCCAUGUCUCUGCCAUGGGACCUCCUGGUGGUGGCCGCACAGAGAUCUCUGGACGCCUGAAGAGGCACUACAACGCGGUGGUGGCAGCUGACAUGUCCCGAGAAUCCAUCUUCGGAAUUUUCUCGACAAUUCUCGACUACUUCCUGCAGCAAGGCUUCGAAAAGUCUAUCAUCGAUCUGAAGGACAACAUCGUGAACUGCUCCAUUGACACCUUUGAAGCAGCUGGAACUGAUUUGCUGCCCACUCCUUCCAAGAGUCAUUACACCUUCAACCUGCGAGACAUUUGGAAAGUCUUCCAGGGAAUCUGCUCUUUGAAGUCAAAGAAGGUCACAGAUCCUCUUGUCGCGAUCAGAUGUUUCUGCCACGAAAAUGUUCGAGUCUAUGGUGACCGCUUGACCACUGACGAAGAUCGCGCAUGGCUGCGCGGGAAGUUGGAUGGGCAGCUCAGUACGUCGUUUGGCAUCGAUCCUGUGAAAGUUUUCGACAAAGAGCGCCUGGUCUUCGCUGAUUUCAUGAGCUCCUCUGGGGAUCGUUUCUAUUCUGAGGUUGACAGCAUGGCGGCCAUGAAGACCAUCAUGGAAGGCUUUUUGGAUGACUACAACAACAUGUUCUCAGUCCCCAUGCCCUUGGUUAUGUUUGCAGAUGCCUGCGAGCACGUGGCACGUGUGUGCCGGGUGCUUCGACAGCCCAGUGGCAAUGCAUUGUUGCUGUGCGUUGGUGGAUCAGGUCGGCAAUCUUUGUCCCGUCUUGCCAGCUUCAUGUCUGAGUAUGACAUCUUCCAAAUCGAUGUCGUCAAGGGCUAUGGCAUGACUGAGUUCAAGGAUGACCUGAAGACCUGUUUGAUGAAGUGCGGCAACGAGCAGAAGUCCACCACCUUCCUCUUCGCGGAUACACAGAUCGUGAAUGAGCAAAUGGUGGAAGCUAUCAACAAUGUCUUGAACUCUGGUGAUGUGCCCAACCUAUACAAGAAUGAGGACAUGGACUCCAUCAUGCAAGCUUGCCGUGCUGCGUGUCAGCAGGCAGGCAUUCCGCCCACCAAAGCCAAUGUCUUCAGCACCUACUUGUCCAGGGUGAAGGCAAAUGUGCAUGUUGUACUGGCCUUCUCACCGGUUGGUGAUGCUUUCCGAACGCGUCUCCGAAUGUUUCCAUCCUUGGUGAAUUGCUGCACCAUCGACUGGUUCGCGGAAUGGCCUGCAGAGGCUCUGUACAGCGUGGGCAAACAGCAGAUGACCCUGGAGGACCUGAAGCUACCCAAUCUUGAAGGCGUUCUGAAAGUCUUCUCUGUGGUGCAUCAAUCUGUCGAGAAGGCUGCCAAGAAAACGAUGGAGACUGUCAGGCGGGCCAUUUAUAUUACGCCUACUUCCUAUCUGGAGCUGAUCUCUUCGUUCAAGAAGGUUCUGGCUCUGAGACGAGAUGCAGUAGGAACGUUGAAGAACCGCCUGCAGAAGGGCUUGGACGCACUUGGGGCGGCAGCCUAUGCUGUUGCAAACAUGCAGACGGAGUUGGAAGCCAAGCAGCCAGUGCUGGAAGAGACGAAAAUCAAGGUUGCCAAUAUGAUGGUGGUCAUCACCGAAGACAAGGCCAAGGCCGCAGUCACCAAAGAGGAGUGUCAGGUAGUCGAGGCGGAAGCCAAAGAAGGAGCCGAAAAAGCCACUGCCAUCAAAGAAGAUGCAGAGAAAGAUCUGAACGAAGCACUGCCUGCACUGAACGUGGCAGAGAAGGCGCUGAAAGCCUUGAAGCUCUCGAGCCUGCAGGAGAUCAAGGCUUUGGCCAAGCCGCCGGAUGGUGUGAAGUUGACCUUGGAGGCUGUUUGCGUGAUGUUUCAGGUCAAGCCGAUCAAGAAAGCAGACCCGAAUCAGCCGGGAAAGAAGUUUGAUGACUACUGGGAGGCUUCUCAAAAGGGACCACUGAGCGAUCCCAAGAAACUUCUGGACGAUCUCUUUGAGUUUGACAAGGACAACAUCGCGGAACCUGUCAUCAAGAAGAUCUCAGAGUACGUGGACCGUGAGGACUUUGAUCCUGCGGCGAUCAAGAAGUCGUCAGUGGCUUGUGAGGCCUUGUGCAUGUGGACCCGAGCAAUGCACAAAUACCACUUUGUGGCAAAAGCAGUCGAGCCCAAGAGAAGGAUGUUGGCGGACGCAGAAGCCAGCUUGGAGGUCACCAUGACAAAGCUGCGGAAUGCGCAAGCAGAGCUGAAGGCGGUCGAAGACAAGCUCGCACAGUUGGAAGGGGACUACAACGAUGCAGUGGCAAAGCAGGAGCAGCUAGCACAUGAGAUGGAGAUGUGUGUGAUCAAGCUUGGCAACGCCAACAAGCUCAUUGAUGGUUUGGGCGGCGAAAAGGAUCGUUGGUCCCAGACAGU